AAACAUAUUCUGGAAAAUGAGAUUUUUCAUGAACCCACAAGUUUUCUUUGGCCUCUUUUUACAGUGUUGCAGUUUUUAGAUUUGCCGUACCGUGAAUUUGUCGUAGAAUUUUGUGAAUUUUCUUCCUGUGCAUACACACUAUUGUAUUGUACACUAUUUACUACUUAUUGUGAUGCUUAAAUCUGGAUAUGCUUCCUGAAGAUUCGUACAAAUUUCGAUGAUACACUACUAUUUUCAUUAAAAAACUAAAUAUGCAGCCAUCAAAUCAGUUUAGAACGUAUCCUGUACAGCUAGGAUCAGCUCAAAGUCAUUUUCCUCAAAGUUUAAGUGGCAGUGAAACGGAUGUAUCAACCUCAAAUGAAAAUUUAUCAAACGAAGAGAAAUACGUGAUUCGUCACACGCCCAGGCAAGAGCCCCAAGGGCAGGAAAACUUACAAACUAGCAAUAGGAGUUCUUUAAGGGAGAGUUUACCAUCAGACCGGAGUUCCUUGGAUGUGUCCUCAUCGUCAUACAAUACCCUGAUUAUUCAUAGUGCCGGAGAUGAACCAUGGACAGGCAGGAAUUCUGGACCUACCUCAUCAUCGAGUUAUAUCCAACAGAAUUUGUACAGCGACUCUAAAUUAUCUCCUAUUCAGAAAAGAAGUUCGGCAUCUCCGUCACCUUCUAUAACAAGUGUUCAAGAAAUAACCGAAAUUCCUGACGAUUACUUGAGCCAGUCUAGCGUUUUGAAGCAUUUAGCUAAAGAGGUUAAGGUUCCUUCACCUUCAGGUGGACUUGUUGGAAAUGACACUCUCCACGACCUAUUGGGUAAAUUUGAUGUACCCUUUGAUUUGCAUAACAUACCUCCACCACCUCCCGAAUAUCCAACAAAAUGGGCAGAAAAAUCACCUCUACAGAUGGCGGUUAGCAGUAGAAAUAAAAUUAACAGCGAAAAAUUGGCUCUGUCCAAGUCACAGCCCGAUUUAACUUCUGUCGGAGUGGGAAAAAGCGAUUUUUCAGGUUUUAAAAGAGGCGUUUCCGCACCGAGACCUCCGACAAAAGGUCGCGAAGAAAACGAAUCUAAAGGCGAAGAAGUGUGGUCUUCGAGAGAAAUGGUGGAAAUUUUGAUCAAAGAAAACAGUGCCUUAAAACACGAACUAGAAAAUUGCUACCAGAGAAUCGAAAGAACCAAUAAGUUGGAACAAGAAAUUUUCAAGGUACACAAGGCCCAUGAAGAGUUAGUCCAAUCCUGUGAGAGAAGAGAGAGGCUAGAAAGGGCUGCUCGGUCGAGACUUCAGGCCGAUUGUCGAAGGUAUCAGGAUUUUAAUCGAGCACUAAGGGAACAGGUGGAUUUACUAUCGACUCAAGUGCUUAGUAGGUCACCUGUACCAGAUUCAAGUGGUUCAGAAAGUUUAAGAAGGGAAUUGAGUAAAAGAGAAGGUAUCAUCAAGCAGCUGAUAAUGCAAAAUAAAGAAUUGGCAGCUGCGAAAGAGCGGCAAGAGAUAGAGCUAGCUGCCCAAAGGGCGACUUUACAGGAACAGCGUACACAUAUCGACAUAUUGGAUACGGCCUUGACUAAUGCUCAGGGUAACGUUGUUCGACUUGAAGAAGAGAACCGCAAGAAGCAAGUCUAUGUUGAAAGAGUGGCUCAGUUACAGAGGGCGCUGUACUCUUUGCAGUUGGCAAGCGACAGACGAGAAGAAACCGAACGAAAAUUACGUUUGCAACUCGAACGUGAGCUGCAACGCUCCAAAGUAGUACCAGGUGAAAGAAAAGGAGGCUGGGAUUCCCCCAACGGCUUAGAAAGCGAAUCCGCCUCGGAAUUGAAGAGACAACUGAGGGAAAAAGACGAAAAUUUAAUGAGGCUGGAAGGUGAAUGUGCCAAAUGGGAACAAAGAUACCUGGAAGAGAACGCUUUGAGGCAAGCGGCUAUCGAUGCGGCUAGUAUUCCAAAGGAUGCCAAAAUUGCUGCAUUAGAGAAAACCAGCCAGGAAACGGAGAAAAUCAUAGCCGAAGCCAGGAACGAAAAAAUCCGACACAUGGACGAAGUGCAUGCAGCGCAAAAGAAAGUGGCUGACUUAGAAUCUCGAGUCAAAGAUUUGGAAUCAAAACUGGCAGAAAAAGAUGCCAUGAUUCGAGUUCUACAGAAACACACUUACGACAAGGAUGUGUCUAUGUUGGGCAGAUCCCCCCACCAUACUCCUCAUGCCAGUUUAGCUGGAACUGACAUAGAUUUAGGUCUGGGAGCUACGGUGUCCAGGGAAGAAUUAGUCAGUAGCGUCCUGACCAAUUCCACAGCGUACGGCUCUGGGAAUUCGUACGCCGGUAGCGACUCCUCCUACCACAUGACGUCGUACGGCAAAUAUGACACCAACAAAAACUUUGACACGUCCAAACAGACGCUCAACAGCCAAUUGAAAGAGAUCGACAGCCAUUUGGACUCGCAGCUUUUAAGCAAGCGUGGUUUGUGCUGUUUCCCUGGCCUGCCCAGCCCUAUGGGCUCCCAGCGCAAGGGUAAAAUAGCCAAGCCGCUCUUGGGCGGCGUGGGCAACACCGCUGGGCGUCAGUCGCCUUUCGAGAGCGGCACUUCCACUUUCUUUACCCCCUCUACCUCCACACGUCAUCAUGAGAAUGGUGACAUGCUGCUUUUGGAGAAACAAGGACGUACAUCCCAACAAAAUCGUAUGGCUGACAAUCUACCUGGUCAAGAAGGGGUGAAUAACGUGUGUCCUUCGCCUAGUUCAUUGCCUAGGCCACCGAGAUCGUCGCACAGGUCCGGCCUGCCUAGGCGCAUGGGCGACUACAACCGCCUAGACAACUCCGCCGACUCCCAGCGGAAAAACUCGAACGGAGCCGACUCCCUCUCCUCCAACGCCAGCUCGAGGCGCACCUCGCCCGCCCGUUCGCUCAUCCAGCCGCCUAGGAAACUAGGCGAGUACGGGCGCCUGAGCGAGAGUGGGGGAAGCUCGGCAAGCCUGAUGCGCAAGUCCGCGCCUAGGGUGCGCAGCGGCAGUGCUGGGGAACGAGACUCGGCGUCGACUUUGAGCGAAAAUUCAGCGAGUUCGCUGCCUGCGCCGUCCAAGAUCAAGAUGUACGGGGGUUUGAGGAGGGGUAAUUCGUUGGGGAGGGAGACCAAGGGCUCUGCUGAUUCUAGCAAGUAUAGAAUUCAGUUUUGAGGCUAAUAAGGGAUUCAGCGAAAUUGAUAUAGAGAUAAAGAUAUGAGGGGAUUUAUCGAAAUAAUUUUGUAACUUUCUGCUUUGCUUGAUUUUAAGGACCACGACUCGUCAUAAUCUUAAUUCGUUACAAAAGUAUUUCAAUAAUUCCUCUCAUAUGUCAAACUGAUAGUAAUUAGGUUUAAGUGUUAGAUUUUGUGUUGAUACGACUUGGUGCCUUAUAAAAGAUCAACAGUGAAACUCUAUGUACAGGGUGUCCCAUUUUAGUAUGUUUUAUUGGGUUUCUCAGUUAUGAGGUGCAGUUAAAGAUGUGCAGCUAAAGAUGCUACACACAGAUUUGUCUUAGCCUUUUUGGUUCCUGGAAUGCAGGGCGAAUUUGAAAAUGUCGCAUUUUUUGACCCCUUCGUAUCUCGGUUAUCUUAUAAUUUAUCGGAAAGGUGAAAAUUGAGUUCCAUCGAGUUUUUCACGCCGAAUCCAUUGGCGUAACUUGUUUUUUUUUCUAAGAGCUGUCGUUUUCAAAAUAUGAGUCAAAUUUAUGUUUUUCUUUUAAAUGGGACACCCUGUAUAUUAUUAUUUUUAUUAUAUUUGCCUUGUUAUGAGUUGUCUAAAAAUCUAAUAUACUUAUUUUCAUUAAUAAGGUAAAAAAUGCAACUAUAAAAAGUAACAAAGUUGCACACUAUAGGCAAUAAGGACAAAUUUAUACUGAGUUAAAUUGGCUUGAAAAUGACCAUCACUAUACAAUUAUAGCGAUCUUCAUUUCCUAGCCAACACUGACACCGUUUUUUUUUUCGAUCGAAUAAAAGGUACAUAUGCGUUAAGAGACUUAAAAAGUGACUAUCUUAUAUUAUUAGUUGCGUAUAUACUCUGUGCUAUUAGUUACACGAUACUGCCAAACCAAUGAAAUAAAAUAAAAUGUAUUAUGUAUUGAUCCAGUAAAAAUCUAUCUAAAAUCGAUACUAUAUGAAUACCAAACAUCCCUAGUACUAAGUACUAUAAAUGAAAUAUAAAAGAGAUUUUUUAUAUAAGAAAGUUGAGUUUUCAAUAAAACUUUAUUUUUUCAACUUGUAAACUAUACGGGGUGAGUCUUAAAUAAGUGCCAAUAUUUUUAGGGGUAGUAUUUUUUCAAAAAAUGUUUGAAUUUUUUUUUAGUUUUUAAUAAAAAAAAACAUAUUUUCUUGAUAAUUUGGCAACAUAGGUAUGAGAUUAAAUUUACUAGAAAGAAAACGCAGAAAAGAUCCAGUGGUGCUCAAAAUUUAAGCAAAAAAUAUUUUUUUUUUAAUUUUCAAAUAAUA